CCAGCAAGUGGUCGUUCAAAGCGAAAUAUUCACAUUCAUGCACCGUUCACACGACUAUUACCAAUCAAAAGAACGAGCGGAGAGGGACAGGUAACGCAAAGGUAAAAGAGGAAGUAGUGGGAGCAAUACGUUCACCUGAAACAUCAUACUACGUGCAAUGGAAGGAACGUCAGUGGUUCGUGUUUAUCGACGAAGGUGAAGUAACGACAGAUUCGCUAGUUUUACUGUUAUGGGAAUUUUUUCUAUUGUUUAGUGCCGUGAGAUCGGUUGUUUAUAAGUGAAUAUUAACAGUUAGGGUUGGUUUUCUCAGUGAUUGCGAUUGUGGGAAACUUUUUUGGAAAGUUGCGAUAGUUGUGCGAAUAUUAUUUCACAAUGUACGUAGGACACAAGUGAUGAUAGUGCCUUUUUGUUUACUGUUUGAUAAUGCAGUUGCGAAGCGACUCCAUGGAAUCCCCAGAUGAAAAUCAUGAGCUUCUGGACCCCGAGAAUCACGUCUACAAUGACAGGAUCGCUGAGUUGGAGCGCAAGGUGAGCGAACAGCAAGAUGAACUUGUUUGUCUCAAAGCUACGCUUGCUGAGGCACUGCGCAGACUCAACAGUCUCGAAGUAAACCACCAUUCCUCGAGAAUACCGCAGAUUCCAUCGGCUUCAUCGACACCUACCCGGUUAAACAACACUAAUAAAGAUGAUUACAAUAAACAGACUUAUUCUACUUCUAAGUUGGAGAGCCAGAGGAAGACUUUUGUGGGAUCUUCUUUACCUCAGAGAAAGCAAGUUCAUUAUCGUUCCACAGUUCUUUCUUCAGGUAGCCUGCACAGCGACAGUCAUAGCUCGAGCAGCGUGAGCCCAAUACCUUCGCCUUCUCCCAGAGCUACACCACAACCUUUGAAUACACUCAAAAGAACCACUAGUUCGAGCUCUAGGUCAUCUACUAGUAGUUCUUCGUUACAUAAGAGAUGGAGCUCCACAGGGGAUUUUAAUCAAGUCAAUCAAAAUGGUAUGGUUUCAAAAUUCUCCACCAGGUCAUACCUAAACAUUUCCACCAAGAGCAACAAUCAUUUUGCACCCAAUUAUAAGCAUGGAACUAAAGACAUAACCUACAAUGACGAAGAAAAAAGCCUGAGGUUCUUCCUCAGAGGUCGGCCUAUUAUCGUCUACGCCCCUACGGAACUGGGAGAAAACUAUGAGCUGACCAAGGUGUCGACUACGCCGUCCAAACGUCUAAAACUGGACUGGGCAUACGGGUACAGAGGAAGAGACUGCAGAUCCAAUCUAUAUUUUCUGCCCACUGGGGAAAUGGUAUAUUUUGUGGCUGCUUUGGUAGUUUUAUAUAAUCCCGAGGAACAGACUCAGAGGCAUUAUACAGAACAUACCGAUGAUGUCAAAAGCUUGGCGAUACACCCCAACAAGAUGGUCAUAGCCACAGGUCAAACUGCAGGCCACAAUGGAGUUGAAAAAAGAGCCCAUAUCCGUGUUUGGAAUUCAGUGUCACUGUCUACUCAAGCGGUUAUUGGUAUGAACGACUUUGAACUGUCAGUUUGUUGUCUGUCUUUUGGUAAGGCUGAUGGUUCCCUUCUAGUAGCUAUCGACGAGGCACCUGAUCAUAUCAUUUCCGUUUGGGACUGGCAAAAAGGAGAGCAUGGAUAUAAAAUUACUGAAACAAAGUGUUCAGUGGACACCAUCGUAGCUGCUGAGUUCCACCCGCUCGAUAGAAACACCAUCGUCACGUGCGGCAAGUCCCACAUAGCCUUCUGGUCAUUAGAUAUUAACGGCACCCUAUUCAAGCGCAUGGGCAUCUUCGAGAGCCGGGAUAAGCCCAGAUACGUUACUUGCGUCAGUUUUCUGCAGAGUGGGGAAGCUAUAACGGGCGAUUCCAGCGGAAACUUGGCAGUUUGGGGUAGAGGUACCAACACCAUCUUCAAGUACGUCAAGCAUGUGCACGAGGGUUCGAUUUUCUCGAUUUGCGUCACGAAGGAUGGCAGCUUCAUCACCGGUGGAGGAAAGGAUGGUAGAUUAGUGGAAUUCAGUCCGAAUUUAAACAUGACAGGAGUAGUGAGUCAAGUUGAGGGUCAUUUUGGAGGUAUCCGAAUGAUUUCAGAAGGUAGAGGGUAUCAGCUAUUGAUCGGUACGACCCAUAACUGUAUUCUUCUCGGAACAUUCGAGCUGGGCUUCCAGCCCAUCAUUCUAGGCCAUUGUGACGAGAUCUGGGCAUUGGCUGCUCAUCCUAGCAUUCCCCAAUUCGCCACUGCCGGAUAUGACAGAGUUUUACAACUUUGGGAUUCCAUGUCUCAUACGAUUUUGUGGAGCAAAGAUAUCGAGGAACAAGCUCAUAGUGUAUGUUAUUUCCAUGACGGCUCCUGCGUUAUAGUUGGUUGCUUGAGUGGCAAAUGGAUGGUGUUUGAUGUUCAAACUCGUGAGCUUCUUGCCCAACAAGUUGAUGGAAACGAGGCCAUUCAAGUUAUAAGGUUUUCACCAGAUGGUUCCCUUGUAGCGUUUGGAUCCAGAGAUAGCCAGAUUUACAUAUAUCAGGUAUCAGACGACGGAUCCAAGUAUACCAGGGUAGGAAGAUGUUCGGGCCAUUCCAGUAGCGUAAUACAUCUAGAUUGGGCAACUAAUAACCAAACAAUAAGGUCUAAUUCAGCUGAUUAUGAGUUGCUGUUUUGGAAUGCUGGUACUUGUCGUCAGAUCCCACAGAGUACCAUCAUGCGAGACGUGGAAUGGGCCACAAACAGCUGUACCAUUACAUUUACCACUGUCGGAAUCUGGCCAGAGAAUGCUGAUGGUACUGAUGUCAAUUGCUGCGAUGCCAACUAUGAUUCCAAAUUGAUGGCUACCGGAGAUGACUUCGGAAAAGUCAAGUUGUAUAGUUAUCCCGUUAGCCAGCCAAGGUCCCUGUGCCAUACCUACAAUGGACACAGCAGCCACGUGACCAACGUCCGAUUCCUCUACGACAAUUCCCGACUUGUUUCUAUAGGAGGAAACGACACUGCUGUCCUACAAUGGACUAUUUCAUAAUCUAACACUUUUCCACAGUAACCACCUGUAUCCAACAUACCUACUUAAUCAAAUUUUUAGCUGCAGCUUGAGGUCUUGAGAAGACAGAAGGUCCAGCCUAAACUAUCCAAUGCUAAGGACAUUGUAUUUUUGUAACUUAUUGUUUUUAAAGAGUAAAGCACUUUUAGAAUUCACGAAAUUGUGCCAGAAAGUUGUAUUGAUCGUCGAAGAGCGACAUUCUUUAACAUCUUGAGAUUACAUGUAUAUUUUUAUCUAUAACAUUGAGUUGUGUGAUAAUAAACAAUAUUUAUAUAUCUUUAAGAA